AAAGGUCGUUGAAUAAACCUGCUGCCGGUGUCAUGAUGACUGUCAUACAAACGUUUAGUUUGCUGGUGACAUUACAGUAAGAACUACCAUUCCCCUCAUUCUGGCGGACUUCAUUUUGACACACUUUCUCAGUACUCUCAAGCUGGGAACUCGACCGUUUAAUUGAUCACAUAUUUUUGAUUUAAAAAAGACGGAAGAGUCUAGAAUAACCCGGUCACUGUAUCACUCCCAUCAGUUUACACGACAUGAGGAGUUUACCAUAUUUCUGCCGAGGAAAAGUCAUCCAUGGGUUUGGACGUGGAAGUAAAGAUCUGGGAAUUCCGACAGCCAACUUCCCAGAGUCUGUGGUGGACAGUCUCCCUGCUGACAUCAACACUGGUAUAUACUACGGGUGGGCACGUGUGGGUAAUGGAGACAUUCACAAGAUGGUCAUGAGCAUUGGCUGGAAUCCUUACUACAAAAACACUAAGAAAUCAAUGGAAACGCAUGUGAUCCACACGUUCAAGGAAGAUUUCUAUGACCAGAUAUUGAGUGUGGCUAUGGUCGGUUACAUUCGUCCUGAAAAAGGAUUCGCAUCACUGGAUGAGUUAAUUUCAGCGAUUCACAGUGACAUUGAAGAGGCGAAGGCAAAGCUGGAUCUUCCGGAACACUUAAAACUUAAGGAGGAUAACUUCUUCAAAACAUCAAUAUCUACAACAGCCGAUCAGAUCCUGAACGGGCACAGAUUAUAAUGUAAUAUAUUAUGAUGUCCUCUCUGCAGUUUAAUGUUUUUGUAUUUAAAAAAUAUCCCAGUUUUAUUUUGAUUAUGGUAUUAUGCUGUGGAAAGAGGGAUUAAGGUUUCAUAAAGCAGAACCACUGAUGUUCAUCUUCAGUUUACGUGAAAUCCUAUCUGGGAAACAAAACAUUGCUUGCAUAAUGUUACACAUUGAGCAUAUUCUGGAAAGAAAGCUCCCAUUCACAGUUUAGCAUAUACAUUUAGUCAGGGAGUCAAAACAAAAUUCAUCUUCCUGCUGUAAUUCCUCUUGAAAUUAAUCAUUCUGCAUCUCAGAUAGGGAAUUUCUUCGACACAAAUUAAGUGUUUUUAUAUGGUUCUCACAGAACCGGGGCGCGCCCUGAGGUGGAAGUCCAAGACAUAGAUAAAAAGAGCCCCUCAAAAAAAAUAGAGCGACUGGUUACACAGAUUGCAGUGACUGAAUAUAAAUUUGGCUGUACAUAAUUAAAGUGAAUUGUAUUGAUCUUUUUAAUAUUUAAGAAUUUAUACAGAUGCCCUGUUUAGCAGUUAUGCUACUAUGUACAUGUAUCAGUGAUAGACCUUCACCUAAAUUAACCUCUGCCUUUUUUUCCAUGUAAUCUGGUUAAACAUUUUUAAAGUGACUCAACAAACAGGAGUUUGUUUAACUGGUUGUCAGUUAACUUUAGUUCUGUUGCUGCUGGUAUAGCGUAAAACUGUAGCAGUUCUCUGUUUAAUCUGUAUGAUGGUAUGUUAAAUCUAUUAGAUGGUACUUUCACAAUCAUUAAAUGUUAAGAUGCUAUUAUUUAGACUUUGGGCAUUUACCAAUGCUUUCUCAAAUGUAAAUAAUAUGCGUAUGUCAGGACGGUGCCUUAAAUAUGAUGAAUCGCAACACUAGAAACAGUUAUUGCACAACCAGGCAUUCCAAUAAGCUUGACUACAAUUCAAAAACAAUGCCUUGUUUAUGUUUUGUUUAAAUGUUGUCUGUUUCCGUGAUCUAUAGAAUCAAAACAACUCUUUCUUCAACUCUU